AAAAGUCAAGUACAUCAGCGAUCAGUAUGUCAGUUAAAAUCACGAUUAACAAAAAAUGUUUUCUAAAAUUAUCAUCGUUUGUGCAACAUUGGCUGUAGUACGAGGUGGUAACCUAGGUUAUGGCAACCAUCCCGUAUCACAGUAUAACCAAAGAGCAGCAUUGGACCCUUAUAGGUCCUUGGCAUAUAGAAAUGGUCACGUGAACCUGGGUUGGAAUCCAUCCGGUGCCCCACAGGUGGCUUACUCAGGUUACGCCAGUCCUGGACCUUAUGCUGGCUCCUUGGCUUCUCCUAAUCAUGUACUCCAUAACUCACCCCUCGCCUAUUCUGGUCUUAUAUCCCGUCCUUCUAAUCCUUUAUCACAUCUUAACUCCCCUCAUGCCAAUCCUUUAUAUAACGUGGGUUCCCUAGGACACUCAGAUCUUUUACCACGUGCUGGUGCCUUAGCUCAUUCAGCUUCUGUCAGUCGUGGUCCUCUUGUCCACGCCACAUCCCAAGUCAAUGCCGUUUCUCUAUUUCAAUCAUCGCCCCUCAACUACGGAGGUUAUUUUGGACACAAUCAACAUAUGAACGAUUAUUACUCUCAUCCUAAGUAUCAAUAUUCAUACUCGGUGGAAGAUCCUCACACUGGUGAUCACAAGUCCCAGCACGAGGCCCGUGACGGUGAUGUGGUGAAGGGUGGAUACUCUCUCCUUCAACCGGACGGUUCCUUCAGGAAGGUGUCAUACUCCGCCGACGACCACAAUGGUUUCAACGCGAUAGUUCAGAACUCCGGACCCAACCACCACGUCUACUCCGCUCAACGUCAUCACUAGUUAUUAAUUAUUUAUAUUAUGAUGAAGUAUUUAAAUAUGAAUUUGCUAGAUUUUGCUUGUCUGUGAUCGAAUACAUACAUAUAUAAAUAAAUAAAAUAAUGUUUCAAUUGAAUAUAAUUAUAGGAGACGAUUUACUGUGAGCUUUCAAAUCUAAGCUGCCAUCCUUGAUAUGUACAAAAUAAAUUUAGUUAUUUAAAAAUACAACAAUGUGGUGAAUUAUAACGUUAUAACUUCAAAGUAUUGGCUUUUUAAUAUUUUAUUUAUUUUUAUAGAUCACUUACAGCAUGAAGCAUAUUAUUUUGUUUUUCCUUUGACAAUAUAUUGUCACGUAAUACUCGUACGAUGGCACUUGAAUGAUUUCGUUGUUAGUCAUAAGAAGCAACAUCUACUUGUCCUUAAUUUAAUUAAAACGUUAAUGGAUCGAUUAUAAAAAUAUUUACUUCGCGUUGGACAGCAAAUAUAGAUAAAUUAAUGCUAUUAAAUUUACUUUUUUAAGAAUAUAAUGCAUUUAUGAUAUCCCUUAAACUCACUAAUAGAUUGUACAAUUUGGAAAUUCUUUUUUGGUAUAAACGUCCUGGUUAAGGAAAUUCAAAAAUUGUACGAAUAAAACUAAUUGAAAAAAUAUAAAUAUCUCUCAGGUAUUUGAUAUUUUUACCUCGAAGACUAUUUAGUGGAUUUCAUUGAAACUUAAAAAUAAUCAUAGGUAGCAAAACAUUAUUGUAAUGUAGGUAUAUAUAAUUAAUGUAGAAUAAAAUAUAAAAGAAUUGCGGAGAGACGGAUCUAAUCUUAUGGGACUAUAUAUUGUACUC